GGUGCGGGGAGGUUAGUCAUGCUUAAAACCUUGAAAAUAUAAAAUGAGCAUUGGUUCACUUGUUUUAUUCUGUAGUUCUCACUUUUCUCUACCCAAAUAUCUCAGACAUGUCUAAACAUGACAAAUCCAAUGACCUUAGCAUUUGCAAGACAGUGCUAAUUUGUGGAUUAGUCCUUUACAUGUGCACCAUUAUCUUUCUCAAUAACUCUGAUCGGCUUCCAUCUUCUGAUCUUUUCUCCACUUCUCAAACAAUUAAAUCAUCCAAUGUUGCAGAGACCAACAUAAGCCACCUUGUUUUUGGACUUUUGGGUAAUGAAAAAGCAUGGCACCAUAGAAAACACUAUGUUGAAGCAUGGUGGAGACCAAAUGUUACAAGAGGACAUCUUUUUCUAGAUGUUCCUCCUAAAGGUAAUCUUCUCCCAUGGUCCUUAAGUUCGCCUCCUUAUAGAAUAUCCGAUGAUGUCUCAAAACUUCUUAAGGAAACCAAACAUGUCGAUGCAAGAGUUUUAAGAAUUGUUCAUGGGAUUAUGGAGGUAGUUAGGGAGGCACGUGAAGAUGUAAGAUGGGUAAUUAUGGGGGACGAUGAUUCUGUAUUUUUCGUGGAUAAUAUGGUUGAUAUUCUUGCACAGUAUGAUCAUAAUAAGUACUAUUACUUUGGAGGACAUUCGGAAUUUAUAUUGUCGAAUUAUUGGUACUCAUUUAAUCAAGGUUUUGGUGGAGCUGGAAUCAUAUUGAGCUAUCCUUUGGCUAAAGCAUUUGCGAAUAAUGUGAUGUCUUGCUUAAAGAGAUACGCUCACUUGAAAUCUUCUGAUAGAACAACAAUGCUUUGCGUGGCUGACCUUGGGGUAAAUCUUUCUCCUCUUCAGGGCAUUCAUCAGAUUGAUCUUCGUGGUGACAUAUCUGGGUUUCUGUCAUAUCAUCCAAAGUCUCUAUUAGCGUCCCUUCACCAUUAUGAUAUGGUUAAUCCAAUAUUUCCCUCUAUGAACCGUGCACAAUCAGGUUUCCACCUCCAAAAUGUUGCAAAAUAUGAUCAAUCGCGCAUGUUACAGCAAACCAUAUGCCACCACAGGUCUCAAAGUUGGACAUUUUCAGUUUCUUGGGGAUACUCAGCUCAUAUUUAUGAGAAAAUUAUGCCUAGAAGUUGGAUACAAAGACCAAUUGAAACAUUUCAAACCUGGCAAAGAAGUCCUAGGCCACCACAUUACAUGUUUGAUAUUAGGAGUCCUUCUUGGAAUCCUUGUGAAGCUCCUCAUAUGUUUUUCCUCAAGUCGGUUGAAAAAAUGCGAAGUGGUGAAAUUGUUACUACAUAUACUCGAGGAUGGCCACGAGGGAUAGGAGCUUGCUUGUCUUCUGGAAAUUAUUCUGCAGAGUAUGUUUCUGAAAUUCAUGUUUAUUCAUCUGCAACAAAACGUACAAAGAUUGAUAGAUGUGAAUGUUGUGAUGUAACCCAUGAGACAGGAUCUAAUAAGGCCGAUAUCAAGUAUAGAGAGUGUAAGAUAGAUGAGAUAAUAGCUUAAUUGAUUCAUCGAGUUGCUGAAUGAGCAUUUGUAUCAAUCUUACUUUCGUGCAAUAAUUGUUAUGUUUGUAUUCUACACUUGAAAGAAUCAUGUGAACUGUCGGGACCGAUAUUUGACGGAUUCGUAAUCGGAUUCGGCACUGCUACUAGAAUGCUAUGUAUUUAACUAAAACCUUUUUUUUUUUUGACAUUACCUAUAUAACUAAGAGCCCUUGUUUGGAUAGGUUUUUGGCAUUUUUAUUGAUUUGACUCAAAUGCAUUUUUUUA